AUGGAUCGAUUCAUGAAACCUGACAGACUUGGUAUAGAUCCAAACUCAGCAGAUGCAGCAAAAACAUACAACCAUUGGUUAAGAACAUUUAACAAUUUUGUAAGUACAGUAGAUAAUAACUUCAUUAAGCUUAAUCUCCUAAUAAACCAUAUUGAAUCUAAUGUAUAUGAAUUCAUAUCAGAGUGUGAUGAUUUUGAACAAGCAACAAGUAUUCUCGAGUCUAUCUACAUAAAACCAAAGAAUGAAAUAUUUGCCAGACACAUUUUGUCAACACGGAAGCAAAAACCAAGUGAAACAAUAGAUCAAUUCCUCAAUGAACUUAAAAUUUUAUCUAAGUACUGUAAGUUCACUGUUGUUACAGCUGAGCAAUAUAAAUCUGAAAUGAUUCGCGAUGCGUUUAUAAAUGGCUUACUCUCCAAUAGUAUACGCCAAUGUUUACUAGAAAACAAAAUGUUAGACCUUUCAUCAGCCUUUGACCAAGCUAGAUCUUUAGACGUGGCUAAAUAA